AUGCUGUACGCCGCCGGGGCUGCUCUUGCCAAGCGCGAACGACACGCACACUACUCAUACAGAUACGCCUCUGUUGACGAUUACGCCGACGACAACAACGAAGAGACCGACAUGACUGGAAUUGAACAACCACCCGCUGCUGUUGAGGAGACCUCGGUACCCGCACCCGCACCAGCACCAGCACCAGCACCUGCUGUGCCCGACAUUCCCAAGGAGUGGGUCGCGCAGAUUGAGCGCUCUGCGCGGGCCUCGGUAUCUGCCGAGGCGGAGCAAGCGCGUGCAGAGGCCCAGGCAGCUGCUGCGUCCACCAGCGCUGCGGCCGUUGCCGACGCUGCCCCCCUUGCGGCUGCUGUCAACAGCAUCCCCGUCACGCCCACCUCUCCCCUCGACCCGCCCGUCUCGUGGGGGGCCCAGCUGCGGGCCGUCGCCACCCACACGCCGUACGACGUGACUGCCGACCCGGCCGACAUCGCCGCGAGCAUCACCGGCAUCUCGCCCUCUGGGCCGACCGCCAUCCCUGAGCCCGAGAGCCUACACCGUGUCGACAGUGCCGACCUGCGCCGGCGGCACUCGGAGCACCACCACCACCCGACCGACGCGCCGCACCACCACCACGACCUGCACCACCCGAUCCAGGAGAUCAAGUACCACGCCCACGAGGUAUACGAGCGCGUCCACCCCGGCGUGGAGCGGGCCGAGGCCGCCGUCGUGCACGGCCUCAAGGAGGCGGGACACACGAUCGAGGUCGCGCUCGAGAACUCGGCCGGCGUGAGCGGCGUUUGGUUCCCCACCGUGCCCGACGGAUUCGAGACCGAGCCUGCGGCUGCUGCUGCAGCUGCCGAGAAGGCCAAAGCUGAGGCGGCGAAGGCCAAGGCUGAGGCGCGCGCAGCCGUCAAGGCGGUCCACGACGAGGGCAACUGAGGGCGCUGUGCCUGCUGCGUCAUGUCGUUGUUAACGCUGGCUUCUAGACUGUUCGAGUUGUUCGUAUACAUGUACUGUUAUGACAUGGGCUGUGGUGA